CAUUUUCAAUGCAGAAUUUUUUCACUUGUAACAGAGUGUUUUUACUGUGUGGUUUUAGAACUUUUAUUUAGGAUCUGAAUACUUCCUCCACCACCGUGAGCAAGUAUAUUAUUGGAUUUCAAUCAGUCAAUCUGUCAACCUGAGCCCCCCCAAUCUCUGUUUUCAUUUGUCAGGGCUGCAGACGGCUGAGGACAACAACAACAACAACAGAGCUGUCAUGUUUGCUGCAGACAAGAAGUCAGGGCUUGUGAACAUCCACAGAGCUGUCAGUAAAUCUAACUAUACGUCCAGGAUCAUGUUCAGUACACCAGCAGCUGCUCCAUCACUCCACACCCCCUGGAUGUAUGGUGACUACAAUCAGUACGGCUAUUAAUGUCCCUCACACCUCCUUCUUGUCAGAGCAGGUUUAACACAUCUCCUAAACACUGCAUGCUGGCUGGUCUCUGCCUUGUCCCGAACAGAGCAGCAGCAGCAGCAGCUCUGUGGUGUCUUUUGGUUGGUGACAGCACAGGAACAUGUGGUCAUGCAGCGGCCAAUGCCGAGCCUGGAGCAGGCGAUCAGCACUGUCAGAGUAGCAGCAGCAGCAGCAGUAGCAGCAGUGCUGGCACCAGAGAGGAACUCCACCGUCCCCCCGCAGAAAGAAACCCCCCUAAAAGAGACAGAGACAGAGAGAGGGAGGGAGAGGGAGAGGGAGAGAUUUGGUUACAGAGCAGAGGAGGAUGAGGAUGCAGUGGGAAGGGGAUGUUGCAGAGGAUGCUGCACGGAGGCAAACACAAACAGGACAAGCUGUGUGAUCCAGGUCUCAAGAUGUAGGAGCCGCAUCAGAGGAGCCCUCAGUCAGAGUGUGUGUGAACGCACCAUAACAUCAGGGGACUUGUGUUUCAAGGAUAGUGAAGGUGGAGAGGCGCAACCUGAGAAGACCUCCCCUCCACCUCCACAGAGGAUGACAAAUUAGUCCUUAUUCAGCAAGGAGCAAGAGCAUCACUCCGAGGAUCAGAUGUUGUCCACAGCUCAGCAGAUGCUGCAGGAUAGCCGCUCCAAGAUCGAGCUGAUCCGACUGCAGAUUAUCAAAGUCACCCAGGCUGGCAGCAGCAGCGGCGGCAGCGGUGGGGAUGGUGGCGGAAACCCCAACAGCUCCACUCAUGGAGGCAUCUCUCCGCUCGCCGUCAGUGCUGUGGAUGCUCGUUUGGCAGAGCUGCAGCACUACAUGCAGAGAGAGACAGACGCGUUGGUGCUGGCCAAGGAUGUGGUGAAGCAGCUGGAGGGAAUCUCAUCGCUGGACCAGAAGGCACUGGCUGAGGCUCAGUCCCGAGUGCAGGAGUCCUCCCAGAAGCUGGAUCUUCUGCGGCUUUCUCUGGAGAAGUGCAUGAAGGAAAAGAGCCAGGAGCCUCUACAAGAGCCUGAAGCGGGGAUCGAUCCUUCAGAGGGAUCCUUGUCCCCCCACGAGUCCAGACCUGGAUGUCCACUGUCCACCUCCCCGUCCAUCUUCUCUAUCAGACCUGCCUCCUUGACUGGCAAACUUGAAGUCAGACUUCUUGGAUGUGAGAAUUUACUGACACCUCGAAUAAACCAAGAGCAGGAAAAUCAUCUGAGUGCAACUGAGGACGGCUCAGCUGCUGCUCACAAGACAGACGGAAACGUUGCGGAGAUCAGCGCGGUGCUCAGGCUGGACACCAGAGUGGUCGGCCAGACACGCUGUGCAGCCGUCAGCAGGCUGAACUGGGAUCAGACGUUCUGCAUCCAGCUGGAGAGGUCUCGGGAGCUGGAGGUCUGUGUCUUCUGGCGGGACCGGAGGGCGAUGUGUGCCGUCAAGUUCCUGCGACUAGAGGAGAUGAUGGACAACCCGAGCCACGACCAGGAGUUCAGUCUGGAGCCGCAGGGCCGCCUCUACGCCAAGCUUCAGUUCAUCGACACUGUUGUUGAGCGGCAGCCGAAACUGAGACGUCAGCGAUGUAUCUUCACUAAAGAGCGAGGGAAGAACUUCCUCCGGGCGGCUCAGAUGAACAUGAACUUUGCCACGUGGGGUCACCUGAUGAUGAGCAUCCUCCCACGCUACAGCUCAUUCACCACAUUCAGCUCAACUCUCUCCACGACCCCCGACCUGGUGGCCAACAACACGUCGCGUCCCACCGAGAAGGAGCCUCAAACCACCUCUCCACUGCCAAGCGAAGCUCCAGAAAUCAGACUCAGUGUCACUGAGGAUCAGCCGUCUCCCACCAGCCUCGACCUGGGAGACAACACUCCCACCAUCAUCACCACGGCACACAAAACAUCAUCUCUGACUGCAUCUCAAGAAACGCUGUCGUCCAUAAACAACACAGAAGGAAGUGAAGACCAGCCUGUAUCUGCUCUAAAGAUGCAAAUGGACGAUUUUAAAUAUAUGUCAGUUCUGGGCAGAGGACACUUUGGGAAGGUCCUGCUGGCAGAGUUUAAGAAGACAGGAAGACUGUACGCCAUCAAAGCCUUGAAGAAAAGAGACAUUGUGACUCGAGAUGAAGUGGACAGCCUUAUGAGUGAGAAGAGGAUCUUUGAGAUGAUCAACGCUUCCAGACAUCCGUUCCUGGUGAACCUCCACGGCUGCUUCCAGACCAGCGACCACGUCUGCUUCGUCAUGGAGUAUUUACCAGGCGGCGACCUCAUGAUCCACAUCCACAACAAUGUCUUCACCGAGGCGCAGACCAGGUUUUACUCAGCAUGUGUGCUGCUGGGUUUAGAGUUCCUGCAUCUGAAUAAAAUCAUCUAUCGAGAUCUGAAGCUGGACAACCUGCUGAUGGAUGCAGACGGGUUUGUGAAAAUCACAGACUUUGGACUUUGUAAAGAAGGGAUGGGUCACGGCGAUCGGACCUCGACCUUCUGUGGGACUCCUGAGUUUCUGGCUCCUGAGGUCCUGACAGACGACAACUACACCCGGGCGGUGGACUGGUGGGGGAUGGGCGUCCUCAUCUUCGAGAUGCUCGUUGGGGAGUCUCCAUUCCCUGGUGAGGAUGAGGAGGAGGUGUUUGACAGCAUCGUCAAUGAUGAUGUGCAAUAUCCAGGGUGUCUUCCUCCUGAUGCUGUCUGCAUCAUCCAGAAGCUGCUGAAGAAGAAUCCUCUGAAAAGAAUCGGAGCCGGAGAGAGGGAUGCAAACGAGGUCAAAGGAGAGAAAUUCUUUGAGACCAUCGACUGGGAAGCCCUCCUAGCCAAGAAAGUAAAACCUCCAUUCCUGCCGUCAAUCAAAGAGUCGAUGGACGUCAGCAACUUUGACAGCGAGUUCACUCGACUUCAGCCAAUCCUGUCGCCUCCCUCCAAACCCUUCAUCCUCUCUGCCGAACAGCAGGAAGCCUUCGCAGACUUCGACUUCUGCGCCUUGCACGGGUGAAAGACGAACUCAAAGGACCAGGGUGGGAAAAUUAUUCCAUUUAUUUUGUGGCUGGGAAGCUUGUCCACUUCAGUAGACUUACCAAACAUCAUUAUUUAUUUACAGUAUAACCAACACCUCUUUAGCUGUUUAGCAGCAGGACUUGCAAGAAAACAGACUUUUUAAAACUUUAAUCUCUAGUCUAGCGUUGUGUUAGAUUAUUAAUAAAUUGGUCAACUGGCAUAAAAUGUAUCUGUUAAAUUAGUCUAACAAUUUUUAUUUAAGUCCUUUAUCACUUACAAACACAAAACAUGAAGAUUACAACCAAAAAUGUGACAUAAGAACUUUUUAACCUCACUUAUAGACCAUGGUAACUUGCGAUGACCAUUGGUCGUCAUAUCUUUUGACAGUUUAUUGUAGAAAUGGUCUUAUUUAUUUAAAAUCAUACAGGUGGUAUCUGUACGGUCAAUAUGAAGCUAUGCUUAGCAACUUCUUAGCUUAGCAUAAUGGCUGGAAACAUGGGCAAACAGCUAGCCUGGCUCUGUCCAAAGAAAACAUAAAUCCACCUACCAGCCCCUCAGCCCCGUUAGCUGUUUUCCUGUGUUUCCAGGCUUUGAGCUAUAAGCUAAGCUAAUCGACUGCUGGCGUUAGUGUCAUAUGUACCGUACAGAUAUAGGACGUAUUGAUGUUUUCAUCUAAAAUAAGCAAAUAAGCAUAUUUCAGAAAGUUUCAAACUAUUUCAGUGAAAGGAAAAUAAAGUUAGUUGGAGCCCAUGUUUGUGUGAAAACAGACUGAAAAAUUAAAUAAUAGAAACACUUUUGGGAAAUAGUCUUGUUCACUUUCUUGCCAAAAGGUAGAUGAGAAGACUGAUGCCAGUAAAUAUGAGGCUACUGGUUAGCUUAGCUUAGCUUAGCACAAAGACUGGGAACCAUGGAUGUAUUAGCAGAACUGGAUACAGCAUUGGCGGCAGGGCCCUGUUCCUUUCUAUGAGAGUUGCUCAGUGGCACAUGAAGCCAAAAUGAUUCAUCUGUCGCAUAUGAAAUAACCCGACUGAUCUGGAGAUCUUCGUCAUUACUUCAGCACUGUGUGGCCCAUAGAGCAUGUACACUAGAGACACUACAGUGCAGCCAAACAACUCACUUCUGCCAGCUGAAUGGAUAGCUUCCAAUUUAGCACUCCGCUAAAUGGGGAUGGGGAUAAAAUAAUUUCAUCUUGUGGCUCUUCUAGACUUUCCAAAUGUUAUCGGACCAAAUGGAUCAAAUCCUCAUAGUGAAGCGAGUCAUUUUUGUGGGGGUUGUGGCACUCAAAAGAAUGUUUCCACUGAUUUACAGAUGUCUCUUACCCAAUGUAAGUCAAUUACAUUGAGGGCAGGGCAUCAUGUGACGGACCCCAGAAAUUGUAGUACCACCAUUUGGCCACUAUGAAAAUUGGCGUCAAACCCUGGCGCACUUCUUGGGGGCCUGCUGGAAACAGGGGCAAACAGCUGUUGAAAGAUAAGUCAGCCCUGCUAGUUUUUCCCCCGUUUCAAGUCUUUGUGCUAAGCUAAGCUAAGCUAAGCUAAUUGACCGAAGACACUAGCUUCAUAUCAUACAGACAUGAGAGGGUUAUCAGUCUUUUUAUCUAAAGAAAGUCAAUAAGCAUAUUUCACAAAAUAUUUCACAAAAGAGCCCAGAUUUAUUUGGAAGCAAAUUAAGAGUUUUGAAAGCUAGAAAUCUGACCUCCCAGCCCAAUAAUGAUUCAGCUAUUUUCAUUGAUCAACAGCCCUUCAAGCCUUCUAAAUAAAGUCGCCCACCCUGGUCUUGAUAUAUAGUACCACCAAAUGAACUAACAUCUCGGAUAUUCCUGCAGCUCAGUCAUUUUCCAACAAGAACUCUACAUAUGAUCCCAUGGCUGAUUUUGCUGACUGUUCUCACCGCCAUCUAAUCGACAGCCAACCGUGGAUCAACUAAACCAGGCAGCAUCUUUUUUUUUUUUUUUUUUUUUCUUAACAGAGCAAAAGAAAGUGAUUAUAACCCUUUAUAUUCUCUGUGGAGAGUUGAGCUUUGUUCUGACUGUCCCAGCAGUAAUACAACUCACCUGCUCCUGCUAUUAAGAGUUUAUCUAUGAGAUGUGGUCAGGUGAGAUGUUGUACGAACAGAUACGGGAUGCUUGAAGAGUUUCAAACAUUGUCACUGCUUUCUUCCAUGUCUUUAUCCCUCGUUAUAGUUCUUGUCAAAAUGCCCAAAAAUACAGCAAAAUCUUUAUUAACAGUUGCAGUGCAUUUCCUGAAGCUCUGGCCAAGUAUUUUUUGAUAAGACUGUCAAGAGAGGUGUUGAGUCAGUUUAUUGUCAUUUUUGAAGCUGAAGUUCAAGACAUAUCCCAGCUUUCACUCACUACUGGUGAGCCCCUGCAUUUAUUGUGUGUAACGUCAUAAUUUCAGCCACUUUUCCUCUUGCUGCACUACAUCAUUUCCCCAAAUUUGUCCUGAUAUACCAGCAGUUAAGGCACUGACUGCGUGGACUCUGUAAAAGUCUGUAAACUGCCUUAUGUUGCCUCUUAAAUGUAUAAAUGAUGAUUGUCAUACCUUUCUGAAAAUGAUACCAUAAUACUGACUUGUAUUCAGCAGUGUUAGUUGCCUCAGCUGCUGGUGCAUCAGUCACAAACGGGACAUGAUUACAUAACAUUGUAAGAGGAAAUGUCUCGUAAAUCAUGACGACAUUGUAUUACAUAGGAAAACUACAAAGGCACAAAGAGGAACAUAGAAUAAAAACAACACUGACUGAAACACACUUGAUGGAAAGUUAAUAACACUAUAAAAGGUCCAAAUCAGAAGCCCAUUAACACCUCUGAUAGUCUUAUCAAAAAACUAAUUAUUAAUUAAUAAAAUAAAUAAUUAGCUUCACUAAAUUUGGAUAUUGGAUACUAUAUUGUUGUAAUUGUACUGUUAUUUUUGGAAAGACUCUGUAAUAUAGUGCAGAUAAGCAGAUCACCAACAGCACAGCCAAUAAAUAAAAUGUUGCUGUACUAAUUUUCUUUCAAACAACAAAAUCACAAGAUGUUUAAAAAGUUAAUAUUAUUGGAUUAUUUCAAAAUCAUAAAAUAUUGAUUUUUAGUGUCAAAAACACAGGAUUGGUCGAGCUUUAACAGUCUCUUUUCCAAAACUGUUAACAAUUUCAGCCAAUUGUUAGUGCUAGCUAAACAAGCUAGGUAGCUACCCAGCUAAGCUGCCUCCUUUAGCAAAGUUUCUGCUGGUGUUACUAUGCUAAUGCUAGAAUACAAUUGACUAAGUGCUAACUGUUACUGAAACCACUGCAGUAAGCAUAAGUCACAUUAGAUAAAAUUUACUUGACUAAUGUUAACCGCUACUGCUGAAACCAUAAUAGCAUUAAUCAUGUUAGAUAAGACUGAGUUGACUAAUGCUAACUGCUACUACUAAAACCAUAACUGUUAGCAUUAGUUACACUACAUAAAAUUUACUUAAAUUAAAUUUUAAUUGGCUAAUGCUAAUUGUUGCCACUGAAACCACAAAAGUAAGCAUAAGUCACAUUAGCUAAAAUUUACUUGACUAAUGCUAACUGCUGCUACUGAAACCACAGCAGUUAGCAUUAGUCACAUUAGCUAAAACUUACCUAACGUUAAUGCUAACCGCUACUGCUGAAACCAUAGCAGUUAGCAUUAAUCAUGUUAGAUAAGAUUGACUUGACUAAUGCUAACUGCUACUACUAAAACCAUAACUGUUAGCAUUAGUUACACUACAUAAAAUUUACUUAACAAAUGCUAAAUUUUAAUUGGCUAAUGCUAAUUGUUGCCACUGAAACCACAAAAGUUAGCAUUUGUCACAUUAGAUAAAAUUGACUAAUGCUAACUGCAACAACUGAAACCAUAACGGUUAGCCUUUAACAUGUUAGAUGAAACUGACUUGACAUGUGCUAACUGCUAAUACUGAAACCAUAAUAGUUAGCAUUAAUGACAUUAGAUACAAUUGACUUGACUAAUGCUAACUGCUACUGCUGAAACCAUAACAGUUAGCAUUAGUAACAUUAGAUAUAACUGACUUGACUAAUGCUAACUGCAGCAACUGAAACCACAGCUUUUCAGCCAUUAUUGCCAUUUUUAGCGAACUAUAAAUGUACUUAUUGGCAUUAAAACUCAGUGAUAGCCUCUUCAAGCAUCCCGUGUGUUGGAGACAGAUUCAGCUUGCUUUGUGGCCUUUGCUUAUUAUAUUAAUUUAUAAUAAUUAUGUACAGUACGUGCUGCCGUUUCUAUGCAUCACUGUGACAGGCUUUGCCCACUGCCUUGACCAAACAAAUGAAACAAGCUAACCCAAUUUCUGGUUACAGACCUUUUUUAAAACAUGGAAAUGUUUCACGUACUUGUCAAGUCAUUCCCUCGUAAAGCAAAGACACAUUCACACAUAUCAGUCUCCACCUGUUUUUUUUUUCUGUUACGACAGUAGAAGUGCAUGGCACCGUGGUGAACUUGUGCACUAGAGAUCCUGUAAAUGCUAGCGAUAUAUAUAUAAGAGAAGCCAUAGAGAAUUUAAUAUAGCCAUAAAUAGUCAGAAAAUAUCUGUAUUUUGAAUUUAGCCAAAUCAUAUUCUGUGAUACUCGAGCUCUAAUGAUGUCAGUGCAAUAAAAGAAGAGGAAGAAGAGGAGCGGCAGGGACGAAGCUUUAAGAUGAAUGCCCUGAUUUUGUUGAAUUUCCUCUCAGCUCAUUUUUUGAUAUUUUUAAACUCACAGCUGAGUUUAAAAGCAUCAGAGAGGGAGCUAUCGGGCACUAUAUUAAGAUAUGGGACUUUAAAGAGUAACUUAACACAAUCCACUUUUAAGAGCAAAUAUUCAUUUUAUUAUUGUAUUAACUGAUCGAGUCUCAGUCUUUAGUGUUCAUGGCAAUAGUCAUACAGACCAAAAAUAACUUGUGGUGUUAUCAUGUACUCUACACCCCCAGAGAACAAGGCAAAGCACUAGAACUGAAGCCAAAUUUCUUGUUUGUAGUAAUUUGAAGAGAUUGUGCAACAGAUAGGCUAGUAGCCAGACUCAAGCAUUUGACCUCCAGUUUAAACAAUUACACUGAAAACUAAGAUGGACGACUGAAAAAGCAAGUCAACAUAUAAGAGUAAGAUCAGUUUUGAGCACCUAACCCUUCUUUCUGUGUCUGCUGUCUCAAUUUGCUUUCCAAAUGUUUUGGCUGAUCCUGAGUACAUUGAGGUCACAGACAUUUCUGUGAAUAGAAAACUUCAGCCAUGCACUACUUGUACACUGGUAAAAUGUCUCUGUCAUGCUGACAUGCAAAUAUAUGAAACAUGACUGGCAACACGGUGGUACAGUGGUUUGCACUGUUGCCUCACAGCAAGAGGGUUCCUGGUUCAAACCCCGGGGUGGGGCAGCCCUUCUGUGCAGAGUUUGCAUGUUCUCCCUGUGUCAGCGUGGGUUUCCUCCAGGUGCUCCAGCUUCUUCCCACAGUCCAAAGACAUGCAGGUUAAUUGGUGACUCUAAAUUGUCCGUAGGUGUGAAUGGUUGUCUGUCUCUAUGUGUCAGCCCUGUGAUAGUCUGGUGACCUGUCCAGGGUGAACCCUGCCUCUCACCCAGUGUCAGCUGGGAUAGGCUCCAGCCCCCUGUGACCCCUAACAGGAUAAGCGGUUAUGGAAAAUGAAUGAAUGAGCAAGAUCAGCCAUUUUAAUUCAAGCUCAUGGGUGCCAUCUUUGAGUCUGGUAUCCCUUUCCUGUAUCAGAUUCCCAAACAUGAGAAUGAGCAAAAACAGAACAUCUGUUGUGCUCAUGGUUUGUUGUCAUUUGCAAAUGAAACUCAGGAUGCUCACGGGUCAAGUAUUAAACCAUUUUUAAUUUAGAUUGGAUGGCUCCUAAAUGUUUUUAAGUCACGAGCAAUGCCUCUAUAAUUGCCCUCUCGAGUCGUUCAGGCAUCAUUAUACUAAGGUCUUGCUAGCGACCCUGCACAUUGUUCAUAUCCAUUGCAAGUUUGGUCUUAAAUUUCACUUUAAGUGACAUUAAAAAUGUCCUUAAAAGUCUUAAAUUUGACUUGUUUAGACACUCUGAAACUGAUUCUGCUCUCAGUGCUCUCACACAGCGAGGAUUUUACUGCUCGCUCAGUUCUUUCGUCAUUUAUUUACUUCCAUACAUAAAGAAAGAAAGACAUGUUCAAGCUGCGACAGGUGUUAAGUUGCUCUUUAAACUAAGAGAAAAUCUGUCCUGAAACUGAAAGGGUUAAAUUAAAAAAGGGCCAAUGUCCCUUUACAGCCACGUGUCCUGCUGAAGUGUCCCUGAGCAAGUCAUUGAACCUUCCACCUGCUGUGGAUACGAGAUUGUCAGCUAAAUUAAUAAAUGUACCAGGACAACCAGCCGUAUUGAUUUAGCUGCUGUAGCACU